GGGAGGGAGAGAGAGAGAAAGUUCCAGAGGGAGGGAGGGAGAGUCAGAGUCAGAGAGAGGAGAGAGAGAACUUUGUGUUUCCUCCUCUCUCUCUCUCUCUGUGUGUUUUUAUUUUGUGCGCUCGCUCCUCUGAGCGCACACGCGCGCAGUGUGGAGCGAUGGAGCUGUCAUCCAUUGGAGACCAGGUGUUCGCGGUGGAGUCCAUAACGAAGAAGAGGAUGAGGAAGGGUAAUGUGGAGUAUCUACUGAAAUGGCAGGGAUGGCCCCCAAAGUACAGCACUUGGGAACCGGAGGACAAUAUUUUGGAUCCUCGCCUGGUCCUGGCCUACGAGGAAAAUCAGGAGAAGCUCCGAGCUCUGGCCUAUCGCAGGAAAGGCCUCAGACCCAGGAGACUCCUGCUGCGGAACUCAAUGCUGCUGUUCACACCUCCAAACAAACACAGGAGUGACUCCUCUGUCACCUUUGCCCUGACCCAGAACAUUUUUGCCAUGGACCUGCGGAGCGCCCACAAGGUCGCAGUGAAGCCGGCGCCCCGGCUGCGUCUCUCCCUCACCCGCGCCAUGAGCACGGACGUGGACACGGGUGAGUGCAGCAAAAUGUACCGCCACCCGCUAAGGAGGAGGAGCAAGCAGAGGGUGGCUAAGCGGGGGCCGGACGAGCCCUCGGACAAACCCCUCCAACCGCUGAGCAAGAAGGAGGAGCCCAUGGAGGAGGACUGGAGCGGCACCAGCGAAGAAGAGAAGCAGGAGGAGUACGAAAGCACCUCAGAGGAGCAACAGGAAGACAGUUUAUAUGGUGUGUCGGAGUGCAGCUCCCCCCCGCUGCUGGAGCGACAGGACUUGAUGGACGUGGAGGAGAAGGUGGACGCCGACCUGACCAUGGCGGACUCGGAUGCAUGGACUGACGGACCAGAUGCAUGUGAAACUAAACAGGACCAAACGUUAACGUGCAGCCAAUCGAAGGAUGCCGCCUCGGUGAUGGUGGCCAGACCAGAAGAUGCAGUUACCGUGGGCGACAGGUCAGAUUGGGAGGAGGAGGUGGAGGUGGAGUCAGGGUCGGAAUGUCCCAGAUUAGAGAGGAACGACACAGUCUCAGUGAUAGUGAGCGUUCAGGGGAGCGUUCAGGGGAGCGGCAAGACGGCGGGCGCCGCAGCCCCCGACGCCGCCUGCUCCACUCCUGAGGCGAGGACCGACGAGGUGGGCGGCAACAAUCAGAGCGUUACCACGACGAUUUCUGGGAGUGUGAUUGUGACAAACGUGACUAUCAACGCGCUCACGGUGACUUUUAAAGAAGCGACGGUGGCCGAAGGCUUCUUUAAGAGCAGCUGAACCAAGAGAUCCGAAACCACCACGAUCAGAGUUACCACUCAUUUUCUACAUGUAAAUAGUCUUGUAUGUAAAAAUAAUUUCCACGUUUACAGAACUACACUCAUUUCCUACUGAGUUCCAUGAAGACAUUUUUUGCCUUUGAAGAAAGGAGUGAGCGGUAAUUUUCAUCAGUGCUGCUCGUUAAUCAGACAGGAAGCCUGAGGUCCCCAAAAAAUCCUCUGUUGCAAUAAAUCGAUCACAAUGGUUUUCAUUCCCGGGGCCGCUGGGUUUACAGAGCGAGGCAGCGGCCUGACAGACGUUCCAGUCGACUUACUUCCACGCAGCUACUUUUUCUAGUCGUCCUCAGUGCUUUCCAGGCAGACGCACAUCUGCUCUCGGGGCUCUGUUUCAGCCGCUCCUCUUUCUUACGGAACAACGUUUUUGUAAAGACACUGCUCUUGUUUUCUUUUUUGUUGUUUUCAGUUUGCACACAGAGCUAAACCGCAUGACCCGCCAGUCUGUGCCACGCGUGCACAAAGCACUGUCCUGUGUUUUAUUGAAGAGGUUUAUUUCUGUCACAAAAGACAUGAAACAAAGAGAUAGAAUUAAUGCCUGCUGCUUAGAUGAAGUUCUGCAUUUCAAGGGAGGUGGAGGCACAAAAAAAAAAUAAAAAAAAGAAGAAGUACACAGUUGUGUUCGCUGUCUGCUGUCUUUUACUUUAUAAAAUGCUACCUGGUUCUAUUUUUGUAUUACCAAUUGAUAGUCCGCUCUUUCACUCGCCUUUGUGCAUUUCAAAAGAGGAGAUAUCAGUUUACACUGCCGCUGUCAACGCUGUGCAGGGUGAGGUAGGAAAGGAAGAAACUGUACAUUAGGUCAAACUCUGGUAGGAUAUUAUUUAUUUGCAUGUCACAUGUAUAAGCUAAAGUAAUUUAUGUCACUAAAUGUAUGUGAAUCAGUCUCUUAUCUGACAACGGUAACAUGUCUCUUACAAGCUAAUUUUUUAUUUUGACUGCAUUUCCAAUAAAUAUGAACUAAAGAAA